CCCUCGUAACUGCUGAAAGACUGUUAGCUAGCAUUACACAGCAUGCUAUUCAGUGAGUGCAUUUUUGUAAAUGUACAGUAAUUAGUGCAUGUCAUUAUGUUUUGUUCUGCUGAGGAGAGUUAGCUGUGGAUCACAUUUUUUGUCUCAUGUUGAUUUUGUGUGUCAGGUUAACACAGGUCCCCUACCAAUAACGACCAUUAUUAAAAUGCAUUGGACAGACUUGAAACGCUACAUCUGGCAUUUUGUCUUUUUACAAGUCUCACGUUAUUGAAUUUAAAUCCUAUUACCUGAACAUUAUCACUGAUUAGAACACGCGGAAAUUACAAUCCCAAACAAGUGUAAUAGUGGAUGCAGACCCAACAAGCACCAGCCAUGAACUGAGUGAGAGUGCAAAGCAGAAAUACAACAACACUUCCAAGCAAUGUCCAGUUAGGUUAGCAAAAAAUAACGUGCUCAGAUUUCUUCCUUUCAUUCUUAGCCCUCUUUCUUCCAGUUUUCAUAACAACAUCAAAGCAGUACUGGAUAGAUUUUCUUUUCUUUUUUUUAAAUCAACUCGGGAAUGAAACAAGCUCCAGUCCUCCCACCUUCACGACGGCCACUCAGCAUCCACGUUACCAUGGAAACCAGACCGAGCCGACGAAGCCUAGUAAGCCCUGUCAAUCAAAACGCUGAUGUUACACCUUCUCUAAUGCAGAGGGAGUGUGCUAAAUUCUCUGGAAAACAGUAACAGGAAAGAUUCGUUUGGCAAUCCCUCCUCACUUCCUGCAUCAUCUCAGCUGGACUCGCUAAAUGAUGAAGUGUGUCGCUCAACACACACGGGCGAUUUUAAGCCCUUUCAGAUAGAUUAUAAGGCACUCGGAGCGUUGUUUUGACUGGACAAGCAGCUUUGGCUAAAAUCCGGACUUAUAUCAGCAAAGGCUAGGCUUACUGAACAAACCUCCACCCUGAGAGCAGCUCUCUGACCUCGCACCGUCAGCACUGUCGUCUCAUCAUCUUACUCUCAGCCGAUCCGGACUCUCCCAGAUGUCCUGAGCAGCCAUCAGGUCAGAGUUCAGGUGAAGGCGUGUGGACUCAGCCCACUGGACCUUAAGCUGUUCAGAGAUGUCGGGAUGCAGAGGGAUUUAAUCCCUGUCGGCAGAGAGGUGGCCGGGGUCGUCCUUCAAGUUGGUCCCAAGGUUACCUUCUUUCAGCCGGAGGACGAGGUUGUAGGUAUCCUUCCCCUGGACUCCAGCUUCUCAGGACUCUGUGAGGUCAUUGACACCGAUGAAUAUUAUUUAGUUCAGAAGCCAGAGAAGCUCAGCUCGGUGUGUGUGGCAGCAGCGCUGCGUGACGGCCUUUGCGCUUACACUGCUCUGCACACACAUGCUCGUAUGGCGGCCGGACACACGCUCCUGGUCACGGACGGAGCCAGCUCUUUUGGCCUCAUGUGUAUCCAGCUGGCUUGUUACCACGGGGCGAAGGUGCUGACGACGUCACACUCGCCACAGAAUCACACUUUCCUGGAGCAGCUUCGGCCCAGCGUAGGUGUUCAGGAUCCCUUAGUAGCCAGAGUUAUUCCAGUGUAUAACAGCUCAUCAGAACUGCUGUCGGCGGUUAUGGAGGAGACGGGAGGACUGGGAGUGGAUAUCGUUGUUGACUCUGGAGUUCGUCUGCAUGAAGGGGAGGAGGAAGUGGAGUCAGAAGAGAAGAAAUUACUUCCACACAAACAUGACAUCAUCAGUGUGCUGGGAGUGGGCAGCCACUGGGUUACAUCCCACCAAGACCUGCAGUUGGAUCCUCCAGAUUGCAGAUUACUUUAUUUAAAAUCAGCCUCUGUGUCCUUCCUCAACCCUGAAGUCUGGACAGCAUCAUAAUCGCAGCAAGGAAGAUACCUCCAUAUUCUGAAGGAUAUCGUGGAGAAGAUGUCAAGCGGAGUACUCAGGCCUCAGCCCGAGGAAGCAGUCCCCCUCUAUGAAGCCACAGUUGCCAUGGAGACUGUCCAGCGUCACCCAAAGACGAAGGCUGUUGUUCAGCUCUGACCUAACUAAUCACAUUAUGCAGAGAUAAAAGAAAACAGCUCAGCUGGAUCACUUCUCUCUGCAGUGACACUCUGUUCCAAUCAGUCACUGUUUACUUGUUAACACAGAACUAUGAUCUGUUUCAGGCCCAAUAAUAUGAUAACAACAGGAAAAAAGGCGCUCAAUCAUUAACUGCUUGAGUUUCAGAGUCACCUGGACAGUUUUACUUCACACUGCAGAAGAAACUCUUUUCCCAGAGCCAGUGAUAUCCAUUAAAAUCUGAUCACUCUUCAUCACCUAAUGUUUGUUUAGAAAUGCACAAGGUGUCAUCUGACUCAAUAAAAUCAUAUUUCAUUAAAAAA